UUCCAUGUAAAUCAAAGUGUAAAUUCAUAAAUUUCUCCGUAAAAAAAUAAACAAAAGCAGAAAAAUUACGAUUUCCAGUUAACGAAACGGCGAAAACUGAUAUUUGACAGAUAAACAAAGAAAUAGGGAUUUGGGAAUUAGGAACAGACUCUUCACGUUCAACAUUCCGAUCCCGAAUUCUUCGCUCAUGGGUUUAUGUAGAGCAACGACACCUCUGACUCAGACACCUCCACGAAUACUUGUAAUUAUAUUUAAUUGAUUUAUCUUUUUGAAUUGUUAUCAGUGUCGUUGUGUCAGUGUUGUUGUCGUGGUGUCCGUGCUUCAUAGGAUAUUAUGAAGUGAAAAAUUGUUGCUGGGAAGAGUGAAGUGUUGCUGUUUUUGAUUGGAGUUGCUCUGACUCUGAGUGAUUUCUACCCGCGAAAAUGAUGGCGGAUACCCCCUCAUCUCCUAUGAAUUCGCCUGUUUCAACAGCUCAAGGAACAUUUCCAAAUUCAAUGAUCGGAAGUUGCGAACACCCUAAUAGUGGGGCCUCGUCUUCUCUUUCGUGGCCCGAUGCAGACAUCAACGACAGUGAUGAAUCUAAUUUGUUCUCAAUUUCAUGGAAUCAGGACUACGAUUGCUUUGCUGCUGGAACAAGUCACGGUUUUCGCAUCUAUAAUUGUGAACCUUUCAAAGAAACUUUCCGACGUGAUUUAAAAAGCGGAGGUUUCAAAAUUGUCGAGAUGCUGUUCCGUAGCAACGUCCUAGCGCUUGUUGGUGCCGUAGCUAACUCCCAUUACCCUCCCAAUAAAGUUUUGAUCUGGGAUGAUCAUCAGAGCAGGUGCAUUGGUGAAUUCACAUUUAGAUCUGAAGUUCGUGGAGUGAAAUUAAGACGUGAUCGAAUUGUAGUUGUUCUCGAGCACAAAAUAUAUGUUUAUCACUUAAUGGAUUUGAAGCUUCUUCAUCAAAUUGAGACAGUGGCAAAUCCUAGAGGCCUGUGCUGUCUUUCAUACCAUUCAAAUACGUUUGUUUUGGCUUGUCCUGGUCGUUGCAAAGGACAGGUUCGAGUUGAACACUUUGGACUGAAUGUGACUAAAUCAAUCAAUGCUCAUGAUUCCCAAAUUGCAUGCUUGACUCUGACAAUGGACGGUCUCCUUCUUGCAACUGCUAGUGUGAAGGGCACUUUGAUUAGAAUCUUCAAUACAAUGGACGGGUCUACUUUACAAGAAGUAAGAAGAGGGGUGGAUAGGGCUGAAAUCAACAGUAUAUCUCUGUCUCAAAAUGUCCAAUGGUUGGCAGCAUCAAGUGACAAAGGCACUGUUCAUAUAUUCAACUUGAGAGUGAGAGUAUUUGGGGAGGAUAGUGUAAUACGCCCAAAUUAUGCCCAGGGGCCUGGACUGCUUCAUCAGAAUUCUUCAACUGCUUUAGAUCCCUUGAUUUCUCCAAAUACCGGUGCCAACCCCAAUUCAUCAUUAUCUUUCAUGAGAGGGGUCUUACCAAAAUAUUUUAGCUCAGAAUGGUCAUUUGCGCAGUUCCACUUACCUGAAAAUACUAAAUUCAUUGUGGCAUUUGGAUCUCAUAAUACCGUCCUAAUUGCUGGCAUGGAUGGAAGUUUUUACAGAUGCAGCUUUGAUCAAAUAAACGGGGGCGAGAUGUUGCAGAAGGAAUAUAUUCGUUUCCUAAAAUGUUAAAUCAGACCCAGUUGAACAAUUUCAGGCACUAAACUCUUGUCUUUGUAUGUGUAAAUAUGAUCCAUGGCUGUAUAUGCCCCUAUCUCAAUUGGAAGAUCUUGAGAUACAUGGUUGUACAUUUCGAUUGUAAAUAUCUUGUAAAAAAGCACGAAAUUGAAAAGGAGAUAUAUUGAUAGGGAA